AUGGCAAAACGAUCAGCAACUGUAGCUUUUGAUCUCGAAGAAGUAAAAAAACAAAAAACAGAGGGUAAAAAGCACUCAUUAGACUCGGAUGAAGAAGACAGUGGUGCGGAGGAGGAAAGAAAUAAUGUCUUGAAUGCUGAUGAUAUUGAGGGCGAAGAAGAUGGCAUCGGAGGAAUGGAAGGUGAAAUAACAAUUACACCGUUCAAUAUGAAGGAAGAACUUGAAGAGGGACACUUUGAUAAUCAGGGACACUACCACUGGAAGAAAGAAAAAGAAAUCCGAGAUGGUUGGCUGGAUAAUAUUGACUGGGUCAAGGUUAAAGGGAGACCUGAAGAUAAAUACAAAGUUCACAAAGAUGAUGAGAACAAAGGACUUGGUGAUGAAUCUAGCAGUGAUGAAGAUGAACCUGAGGACAAAUUUGAUUUGUUGCAGAAUUAUAAAGAAAUUAUACAGCACAUGAAGCCUAAAGAAACAAUUGCAAAGGCUUUACAAAGGCUAGGUGCUAGUUCUAAAGUCUCCAGUGUUGAGCGCUGGAAAAGGAAGAAAGCUGGUAUUGUUGAUGAAAAUAGCAAAUUAGUUACCAGAGUAACAGAACUUGCUAAUCAGAUUCUAACUAAAAUGGGUAAUAUGGAUAUUUACCAAGAAACCUAUGAAAAAAUAAGUGCAACCAUAGCUAAAAAGGAGAGCAAAAAAGAAGAUGCUGAUCUAGACAUGUAUGCCGAUGACUUUGAUGUAAAAGAAAGAAAUGUUUUAGAGAAGAGUAAUCCUGAUAAGAAUGAAAGUGAUGGUGAGGAAGAUAAACAGCAAGAAGUAAAAUGGGAGUUUAAGUGGGACCAAAAGGAUGAAGAUGUAUCUGGUCCACAUUCUACUCAGCAAAUGCAGAAAUGGUCAGAAGAAGGGUACUUUAAAAGUGGUGUUUGGGUUAGGAAGCAUGGAGAGGACAGCCAGUUUUACACUUCUAACAGAAUAGAUUUUGAACUGUACUUAUAA